AUGGCUUGCAUUAUUACGCUGAAUUUACGAGAAUCUGCAACGGAUUUGGAGAAAGUAUCGCAUCCUUCUCAUAAUGUCUGGUACAAGAGUCUGGCGCGGCUGCGCGACGUGGGCCUGGACAUACCUGGUACUCCGACCCGCGAUCAUAGCCAGAUGAUUGCAGAGUACAGCUACUGCUGUGUGGACCAGGAGAACCCUCAUAGAGUGAUAUAUCUAUACCCACAAUGCGCGGAUGAAAAGCUCCAACGCAUCCAGGCCGAGUGUAUGUCCGAGGCCUCGACGCUGAACCGACGACUCUCACCCCUCUUGGAGUUUCCCAUUUCCACAGAGUCUAUUUUUAGACUACCCGAUAGCAUCGGACUCAUAUAUCCGGGCGCAGACUCUGGCCCCAAGUGCUUGGAAUUCAUCACCUUUUACAGUCCUAAGCGUCCUAUGAUGCUCUACCCAUUCCUUGAGCCCCACUGGCCUGGAGCGUCGUGUGCGGGGUUGGCACACGUCCCCGUCAGGUCAUUCUCUGCUAAGACCAUUGAGUCACCUAAAGGAAAGACGAUUCUGUUUUGCUGCAUCGAGUGGAAGAGCCUUCAGGAUCGUGCAACUCUAUAUGCGGAUCCAUCUUUGAGAAAGGAGAUGAAGAGAGCCAACGCGGAGUACCGAGCGGCUGUUAUUCAAGCACUCGGAAAGACAGAGGAGGAUUUGACUUGGGAAGAGGAUCUCCAGGUCUUUUUUGAAAGCACCGGUGCGACCGAUAUCCAGCGUCAGUUUCUGACCGGAGUCUGGGUGAAUGAGGCCUAUUUGGGCUUGGGAAAGGAUGGAAACAAGAAGUGGCGGUUAUGUAUGAUCCUGUAA